CGGCGGCGGCGUGAAACGGCAGAGUUAGCGGCGCGUACAGGAGAAGUACAAGUUUGUGGUUCCGAAUGGGACCGAGGAGGAUGGUCAGAAUACGUGCCAUGGCUUCUCCUCCAAGAACACCUUCCAAAAAUUCAAGCACUCCAUGUGCUGCUUCCAGGGGUGCUAUCCUUCCUUCCCCUCACCCAAAUGAUUCUACCCCUCUUCCUUCAAUCAAUGAACGUUUGGCCUACCUUCGUCCCUCUCGGGAGUUGUUGGAGUACUAUCGAAAGAAGAUUGCACAAUUUGAUGAAGAGCAUGAAGAGCUGGUGAAACGGUUGGAGACAUAUAAAGCAUCUUAUGAUGAACAGCACAAGCUACAAUGGGAAAUGCGUCAACGAGAAGAAGAAAUUGCAGAACUGCAGAAGGCUUUGAGUGACAUGCAGGUGUACCUUUUUCAAGAAAGAGAGCAUGUGCUGCGCCUUUAUUCUGAAAAUGAUCGACUGAAAAUCAGGGAAUUGGAGGACAGAAAGAAGAUUCAACAUCUUUUGGCUUUAUUAGGAACAGAUAAUGGUGAAAUUACCUAUUUUCACCAAGAACCCCCAAAUAAGGUCACUAUACCUCAAGAACCAACCAAGAGAAAAGAUGCCCAAGAAAAAUGUGGCAGAUACACUUCAAUAAGAGGUUUUAAAAGCUCUGCCUUGAAAAAUGAAGAGAAUCUUGAAAGUGCAAAUAGAAGAUAUCAAAGAGAUAAUCAAACACUCCUACUGCAGUUGGAGUCUUUUCAGGCUCAACUACAAGAACAGACUAGGUUGUCAAAGGAGCAGACUGAAGCAUUGCUAGAAGAUCGUCGCAUCCGUAUAGAAGAAGCUCAGGUGCAGCACCAGAGGGAUGAGGAAAAAAUAAAAGAAAUUACUGAAAAAUACCAUAAAGCUCAAAAUUUGCUAUAUGAGAGUACCAGAGAUUUUCUGCAGGUGAAGUUUGAUGCACGAGCGAAUGAAAAAUCCUGGAUGGCAGAGAAGGACACUCUGCUGAGGAAGAUGGACAAAUGUAAAUGUGCACACAAGCAGAGUGGGAUCUAUAGAGAUGAUAGUCCAGUCCAUUAUCACAUCAAUCAGAGUUAUGACAGUUGUCAAAGCUGGCGGGUUGCUAGCCCAGUGAAUCAGGACACUAGCCUGGAUGAAUGGAGAAGUAGUCCCCGUCAGCAGAGUUUCACCAAGAGAUCACCUCCCAGUGGGAAGGUUGAAGUUUUCAAGAAAAGAAAACCAAAAGUUGUCAAAUGCGUUUUUCGAACAGAGCAGAGCAUUCACAAAGUAUAUGGAGCAGAGAUUAAGGGAUUGAAAGAUCAGUUGACCCAGGAGCAGAGAUUAGCAAGCAUGUAUCGAGAACAGUGUGUUUCAUUGGAAGAGGAGUUGGCUAAGAAUCAGGAGGAAGGAAAUUUAGGUCAACAAAUGUUCAAGCAACGGUCAGAAAAGAUGGGAAAGCGUCUACAGCUAAUGACCCGGCGCUACGAGGCCCUGGAAAAAAGGCGUGCCAUGGAGAUGGAAGGAUUUAAAAAUGACAUCAAACAAUUCCAAAAGAAGCUACAGGAUGUGGAGAAGCAACUUUUCAAGGUGGUAAAGAAUGUGGGACCCGACCAAGAUCUUGCAAUGCUACAUGAAGUUCGCCGAGGGAAUAAGAGAACCAAAAAGCUACAAGGAGAACUUAAAACCUUAAAAUCAAAGAUAUAUGGACUGGAAAAUGACCUGCGAGAUUAUUGAUAAUGAUAUGUCAGUCAGAAUGAGCAGUGUUGAUAAAGACCUGUUGGUGCAACAAACCUUUUUUUUCUUUUUCUUUUUUUUUACAAAUGUGUAACUUCACUGAGUGUAACAUAUACUUUACAUUCCAGGGCAGAAGAAAACAAUUGAAACUUGUGUGAGGCUUGAAAAGAAAUUCCUUUUACUUGCUUGUUGUGUACCUAGAUUUGAUCUCUGUGGUGUUGAACCAGACCAGGGAUAUUUGGUGAUUUCUUCUGCAGUGCUUAGAAGAGAUGUGAU